AUGGCUGGUGAUAAAGAUACCUUGCUAGGCAUGGGCUUUGAUCCCGCUCGAGUCGAAUGGGCUUUGAAGGCGACUGGAAACCGAGGACUGCAACCCGCAAUGGACCAUAUAUUGGAGCAUGAGGGACAGCCCGUUCCCGAUCUCGGGGCUGUUUCCGAGCAAUCAAGUAGCAGGGGCGCGCCUAUGGAUGUCGAUGAGGAUGACGAAGAUGCGGAAGCUUUGAGGAGUCUGGGAGCUGGCAAGGCAGGUCUGGCUGAGGCAAAGAGUAUCAAAUGCUCGGAAUGCGGGAAGGUCUUCAAAAACACGGCUCUGGCUAACUUCCACGCUGAGAAAAGCGGACAUGAUCAGUUCGAGGAGUCCACCGAAGAGAUUAAGCCCCUCACAGAAGAGGAGAAGAAACAAAAACUGGAAGAGUUGCGACAGAAGCUUGCCGAGAAACGCGCCAAUAAAGCCGUGGAAGAGGCAAAGGAUCACAGAGCGAACGAGACUCUGAGACGGAAGGCAGGAAAGGACAUCAACAAACUCAGGGAGGAAGUGCAAGCUAAGGAGGCGAUCAAGGAAGCUGAGAAGAAGAAACGAGAGAAGAUCGAGGACGCGAAGGCCAAAGCAGCUGUCAAAGCCCAGAUCGAGGCCGACAAGAAAGCGCGCGCCGAGAAGGCAGCAAGGGAGAAAGCGCUAAGAGAAGGGAAAGCCAUCGUCGACGCUUCAGCCUCUUCUGGCCCUUCGACUACACCAGCCGCUGUUGCCGCGUCCGCGGUUGCAGGGAAGGACUUUAAAGAGACUAGACUUCAGAUUCGGCUCUCCACUGGUGGCCAACCUUAUACGACAACUCUGCCAUCUGAGUCUUCACUGCGUGAAGUCGCAGAAUUCCUCGCUGCCCAGGUGAUCACCAUCGAUGUUGACACGGUCACUUUCGCUCAGCACUUCCCAAGGAAACCCUUCACUCAAGCGGACUUCUCGAAGUCGCUGAAAGACCUUGGUCUGACUCCUUCCGCCGUCCUUAUUGCCACUCCCUAA